AUGAAGCAACAUUACAAAGUCUCUACCCACUAUGUGACAAAUCAAGCAAAGCCUGGUCAAAUUUUAAGUAACCACCUUGUUGCGUCAAAGUUGUCACAAUGCAACUGUUUUAAAAGCUUUGAAGGUCAAAAGUACUCACCGAAUAGGCAGAGAGACUUGUCUAAUAACCCGUUGAAGAAUUUUCCAUCUGACGUUUUUGCGACUAACACAAAAUUGGAUUUGCUAUGGUUGCAAGACAACAACUUCCCUGAAUUGCCUCCUGAUUUAUUCCAAGAUCUAAAAAACCUGAAAGAACUAUGGUUGCAAGACAACAACUUCACUGAAUUGCCUCCUGAUUUAUUCCAAGAUCUAAAACUCCUAAGUCUACUGGAUUUGUCAAACAAUGAAAUUGGAAAUCUGCCACCGUAUAUUUUCAGGAACAUUACAGCGGUAGAAUUUCUGAAAAUGGACUACAACAAAAUUGAGAAACUUCAUGAAGAUCAGUUCCAGAGCUUGGUGGAGCUGUUCGAUUUGUAA